AGACAGACAGUGAUUUCCUGUAAAUGCAGAGGGGAGGAGGAAGUGAAAGUGAAAGUGUUCAGUCUUAGUUCAGACUCCAUUUUGAGUCGACGCAGCAGAAGGAGGAAACUGGUGCCUGAGGCAGACUGACUGAAGUCCUGAAGAUGAGUGAUGGUGUGGAGGAAGAGGAGGACGGAGCAAAGUCUCCAGGAUCCAUCUGUCUGUCUAUGAAGAGUGACUGGUCCAAAGUAGAACCUAUAGACUUCAGUGAUGAACCUGGACCCUCAGACUCACAAGGUCAGAACCAGAGACUGAGAGCAGAGUCUCCAGGAUCCAUCUGUCUGUCUAUGAAGAGUGACCGGUCCAAAGUAGAACCUAUAAACUUCAGUGAUGAACCUGGACCCUCAGACUCACAACUGACUGAAGUCCUGAAGAUGAGUGAUGGUGUGGAGGAAGAGGAGGACGGAGCAAAGUCUCCAGGAUCCAUCUGUCUGUCUAUGAAGAGUGACUGGUCCAACAAACAUCCUCCAGACUUCAGUGAUGAACCUGGACCCUCAGACUCACAAGGUCAGAACCAGAGACUGAGAGCAGAGUCUCCAGGAUCCAUCUGUCUGUCUAUGAAGAGUGACCGGUCCAACGAAAAUCCUCCAGACUUCAGUGAUGAACCUGGACCCUCAGACUCACAAGAGAAGAGGAGUGGAGUCUCUGUGGAGGAGCAGCAGGUUUUAGAUCAACAUAAGAUCAGUCUGAGGAGCAGAUGUGAACAUGUGACUGAAGGAACUGAUGGAACAGGAAGUGGAACCCUCCUCAACAGGAUCUACACUGAGCUCUACAUCACAGAGGGACAGAGUGAAGAGGUUAAUACCCAACAUGAGGUGAGGCAGCUGGAGACAACUUCCAAGAUGGAGACCCUCCAUGACGCUCCAAUCAGGUGCCACGACAUCUUUAAAGCCUCAGCUGACCAGCAGAGACCCAUCAGAGUGGUUCUGACCAACGGCGUCGCUGGCGUUGGAAAAACCUUCUCGGUGCAGAAGUUCUCUCUGGACUGGGCAGAGGGUUUGGAGAACCAAGAUGUCAGUCUGCUGGUUCUGCUUUCGUUCAGGGGGCUGAACCUGAUCAGAGAUCAGCAGUACAGUCUUCUCAGGCUGCUCCAUGUUUUCCAUCCAACAUUACAGAAGGUCACAGCAGAGCAGCUCGCUGUCUGUAAAGUUCUGUUCAUCUUUGACGGCCUGGAUGAAAGCAGACCGUCACUGGAUUUCAACAACAGGAAGUCUGUGUGUGAUGUCACACAGGAGUCAUCAGUCAACGUGCUGCUGACAAACCUCAUCAGGGGGAAUCUGCUUCCCUCGGCUCUCGUCUGGAUAACUUCCAGACCUGCGGCGGCCAAUCAGAUCCCUCCUACAUGUGUGGACAGGGUAACAGAAGUACGAGGCUUCACUGACGCCCAGAAGGAGGAGUACUUCAGGAGGAGAUCCAGUGAUGAAGAGCUGUCCAGCAGAAUCAUCUCACACAUCAAGACGUCCAGGAGCCUCCACAUCAUGUGUCAAGUCCCAGUCUUCUGCUGGAUCACUGCUACAGUUCUGGAGCACAUGUUGACCACAGACCAGAGAGGAGAGCUGCCCCAGACCCUGACUGACCUGUUCUCACACUUCCUGCUGGUUCAGACACAGAGGAAGAAGAACAAGUACCAUGAGGGACGUGAGACGAGUCCACAGGAGCUGACGGAGGCUGACGGGGAAGUUCUUCUGAAGCUGGGGAGGCUGGCGUUUGAACAGCUGGAGAAAGGAAACAUCAUGUUCUACCAAGAAGACCUGGAGCAGUGUGGUCUUGAUGUCACAGAGGCCUCGGUGUACUCAGGACUUUGUACUGAGAUCUUCAGAAGAGAGAGUGUGAUCUUCCAGAAAACAGUCUACUGCUUUGUUCAUCUGAGCGUUCAGGAGUUUCUGGCUGCAGUCUACAUGUUCCACUGUUACACCAACAGGAAGACAGAGGUCCUGGAGAACUUCCUGGGAGAAGACUUCAAACAGAGAGACUUCAAACAGAGAGACUUCGAACAGAGAGACUUCAAACAGAGAGACUUCAAACAGAGAGACUCCAAACAGAGUGACUUCGAACAGAGAGACUCAAACCCAAUGACUUUCCUUAAGAAGAUUUCUAGGUUUUUUGGGAUCAACAAGCUCGACAGCAGUGAUCCACCGCUCGACAGCAGUGAUCCACCACUCGAUGUCUUCCUGAGGAGAGCCAUGGAGAAAUCCCUCUACAGUAGAAACGGUCACCUGGACCUGUUUGUUCGCUUCCUUCAUGGCCUCUCUCUGGAGUCCAACCAGAGGCUCUUAGGAGGUCUGCUGGGUCAGACAGAGAACAGUCCAGAAACCAUCCAGAGAGCCAUCAACAACCUGAAGGAGAUGAACAGAGAUGAUAUCUCUCCUGACAGAAGCAUCAACAUCUUCCACUGUCUGACGGAGAUGAAGGAUCACUCAGUUCAUCAGGAGAUCCAAGAGUUCCUGAAGUCAAAGAACAGAUCAGAGAAGAAACUCUCUGUGAUCCACUGCUCAGCUCUGGCCUACAUGCUGCAGAUGUCAGAGGAGGUUCUGGAUGAGUUGGACCUGAAGAAGUACAACACAUCAAAGGAGGGACGAUGGAGACUGAUCCCAGCUGUGAGGAACUGCAGAAAGGCUCGACUUGAUGAUUGUCGACUGUCAGAGACUCACUGUGAAGUCGUUGCCUCAGCUCUGAAGUCCAACCCCUCCCACCUGAGACACCUGAACCUGAGCUUCAACAACCUGCAGGAUUCAGGAGUGAAGCUUCUGUCUGCUGGACUGGAGAGUCCAAACUGUAGACUGGAGACUCUGAGAUUGAUCAGCUGCAGUUUGUCAGAGAUCAGCUGUUCUUCUCUGGCCUCAGCUCUGAAGUCCAACCCCUCCCACCUGAAACAUCUGGACCUGAGUAACAACAACCUGCAGGAUCCAGGAGUGAAGCGUCUGUGUGGUUUUCUGGAGAGUCCAGACUGUCGACUGGAGACUCUGGAAUUGGAGGACUGCAGAUUGUCAGAGAUCAGCUGUUCUUCUCUGGCCUCAGCUCUGAAGUCCAACCCCUCCCACCUGAAACACCUGGACCUGAGAGGAAACAACCUGCAGGAUCCAGAUGUGAAGCAGCUGUGUGAUCUUGAGGAGAGUCCAGACUGUCGACUGGAGACUCUGAGAUUGAGGAGCUGCAGUUUGUCAGAGAUCAGCUGUUCUUCUCUGGCCUCAGCUCUGAAGUCCAACCCCUCCCACCUGAAACACCUGGACCUGAACUACAACAAGCUGCAGGAUCCAGGAGUGAAGGGUCUGUGUGGUUUUCUGGAGAGUCCAGACUGUCGACUGGAGACUCUGAGAUUGAUCAACUGCAGUUUGUCAGAGAUCAGCUGUUCUUCUCUGGCCUCAGCUCUGAAGUCCAACCCCUCCCACCUGAAACACCUGGACCUGAGCUUCAACGAGCUGCAGGAUUCAGGAGUGAAGCUUCUGUCUGCUGGACUGGAGAGUCCAAACUGUAGACUGGAGACUCUGAGAUUGGAGCGCUGCAGUUUGUCAGAGAUCAGCUGUUCUUCUCUGGCCUCAGCUCUGAAGUCCAACCCCUCCCACCUGAAACACCUGAACCUGAACUACAACAACCUGCAGGAUCCAGAUGUGAAGCGUCUGUGUGGUUUUCUGGAGAGUCCAGACUGUCGACUGGAGACUCUGGAAUUGUGGCGCUGCAGUUUGUCAGAGAUCAGCUGUUCUUCUCUGGCCUCAGCUCUGAAGUCCAACCCCUCCCACCUGAAACACCUGGACCUGAGAGACAACAAGCUGCAGGAUCCAGGAGUGAAGCGUCUGUGUGGUUUUCUGGAGAGUCCAGACUGUCGACUGGAGACUCUGGGAUUGGAGCGCUGCAGUUUGUCAGAGAUCAGCUGUUCUUCUCUGGCCUCAGCUCUGAAGUCCAACCCCUCCCACCUGAAACACCUGGACCUGAGUGACAACAAGCUGCAGGAUCCAGGAGUGAAGCGUCUGUGUGGUUUUCUGGAGAGUCCAGACUGUCGACUGGAGACUCUGAGAUUGAGGAGCUGCAGUUUGUCAGAGAUCAGCUGUUCUUCUCUGGCCUCAGUUCUGAAGUCCAACCCCUCCCACCUGAAACACCUGAACCUGAGUCACAACAAGCUGCAGGAUCCAGAUGUGAAACAGCUGUGUGAUCUUAAGAAGAGUCCAGACUGUCGACUGGAGACUCUGAGGUCAGUAAAAGGGGCGGAGUCAGUCCUUGCUGCUUCCAUCAUAUUGUACUAAACACAGUAUCAGAGCAAAGAGCCAGUGUUUCCUGGAAACCUCCGACCUUCUCAGCAGCUGCUUCCCUCAGUGAAGCUGUGAGAGGAGAACGGUGACAGGCGUCAGGAUUGGACAGAAAGACAGAGAGAGAGAACAGUCGGCCAAUCAGAGCGGCCAGAAGCUCGUCGUGAUCAUGUGUCUGAGUGGAUGUGAAGACGACUGUUGUUGUUGAGUUGAUGUCUACAGGAAGUGAAGCUGAUUACAGCUGACAGCCUCACAGAGGAACAGAGACAGUGUCCUCAUUCAUCAAACUGUCACAUCUGAUCUGAGACAGUUUGUUCUCUCAUUUCACAACUCAAGACCUGAUCAGUUUGAUCUCUGUCACAGCUCUGAGAUCAGUCUGAUGUCUGACAGUCACUGGCUCUUAUUCCACAGAAGAAUCAUUACACUCUGUAACCAUGUGAUCUUUAUACAGACCAGAAGCUCUGCUGAAGUCCAGUGAGCACAUCUGUAUAUCUGUCCCUCUGCCAGAUGUUUUCAGUGACAGCCUCCAUGUUUAUCUGUCAGGUGAUGUGUGAGGAACAGACCAGAUGUUCAUCAACACACAGAGACUCUGUGUUUAAAUGUCAGGACAGUGAAUCCAUCACUGAGCUGUUGGAGCAGUGAUGAACCUUCAUGACUCAGCAGUUUGUUUCCACUGUGGACUGAGGGAAAUGUGCAGAGUCAACAGACUUGAUGCUAAAAGUCUCUGCAGGUGUGUGAGCCUCCAGCUCAGUGUUCACUCCAACACGUUAACAUGAGAGCUGAGAGGAAGCAGGCUACGCUACACAGCUGCUGCACAUCUGGACUGAACAGGACUGAAGUCCAGCUGAUGACGUCUCUGUAAACACUGAUUC